UCUGUUUUUUAAAAAGAUGAUGCGAUGAAAUAAUUUUGUAAAUAUGUUCGCUUCAUUGUAAUUUAUUGAUUAAUGCCAUCAUAGCAUUGCUUAUAAAUUGAGAUUAGCUAUGUUCCAAAGGUAUUUGGACUUGUUCGCAAGCUUCUCAUAUAUACAGCACCUAAAAACAGCCCAAUUUUAUGCAUGAAAAAUAAACUAUCAUCUGGAACUGGAAGGUUAUGUGAGAAAUGAUUUCUAAUGUGUAUGGUUCCCCGUCCAGCCCAUUUACAUUCCACAUUGUCCGUGUUGGGAGAUUCACUCCAGUCCACGGAAGGUGGCAUAGCGCCGGAACUCACCGAGCACCGCCCCAAUACCAUUUCAAAUACUAUGGGCAUAUCAGACAAAAUCGAACGCCAGGAGUGUAUCAGCGAGGCCGCCCGCACCCUCAACCUCAUGGAAGCCCACCAGAAGGAACAGCAACAGCAGAUUCACAAUCCUCACCAUCCUCAUCAUAAGUUGUCUGUCAUGCGACUUGUUGGAGACAAAUCUCCCAGACCUGCUUCAAGUCCUGAGCAAGUCAAGCCUCGCCAACAGGAAGCAGUUGCUGAAGACUUGUCUGUGUCCGCGACAACUGACGAGGUGGACAGUGCCGAUGAAAACAUCAGCGUGGCUGAUGAAGAUGGUGAAAACAACAAAUGUUCUGCUUCUGCUGAAUCUAUGCUGGAAGGGGAUGAUUUUCCAAAGAGGAAACAAAGGCGUUACAGAACAACAUUUACUAGUUAUCAGUUAGAUGAACUGGAGAAAGCAUUCGCUAGGACACAUUAUCCUGAUGUUUUUACAAGAGAAGAGCUGGCUGUGAGGGUGGACCUAACCGAAGCACGAGUACAGGUGUGGUUUCAAAAUAGAAGAGCAAAGUGGAGAAAACAGGAAAAAGCGCAAGGCGGGCAAUCACAGACUCAAGGUUACAAUCCCUAUCCAGCAUCUACCGUCUUACCCUCAGUCCCAGCAUCAUCUACUCCUGGUUCUGUAAAGCCUUUUAGUGCACUGGGUUAUCCAAGAUCUUAUGACCUAGGUCUUCUGAAUGCAGCAGCAGCUGCCCAUCAUCAUCAUCAAUUCCCACCACCAUAUUUACCACCUCCUGGAUUGUCACUGUUUCGUCCAGCUCAUAGCUUUCUAUCUCCGAGUAGUUACAGUAUCCGAGAUCUGCCCUACUCCAGCUUAUUUCCAGCAGCUGCAUUGACAUCACCAUACUCAGUUGCUGGAGCAUUUCCCCCUACGUCUUUUCAGAGCUUACUGGUCAACCUGUCUGCUCAAAACAGGCCAAAAUUAACAACACCCCCAGACUUGAGUCCUGUAGCUAACGAGCCCUAUCCUAUCUUACUUUCAUCGUCGACCAGCGGAGCUACCACUCUUCCUCCAGCACCAGCAACAGCCACUCAGCCGUCACCGACUGUUACUCCCCCAGCUGUACCACCCAGACCAUCCACUGGAUCUCCUGUUUCCCCACCAGCAACAGGUCCAGUUGAUUUGGACCGCAGGAGUUCCAGUAUAGCAGCUUUGCGACUGAAAGCUCGAGAGCAUGAAGUACGAAUGGAACUCCUUCGGAAGGCUAAUGGUGAAGUGAGUUGAGCGAAACUGUCUAGUUGAGAAACUUGAUAUUUAAAGUAUCGUGUGGUUCGGUAAUGUUUUGGGUGUCAACUGGAGUACACUUACUCGGUAACUACGCAGCAACUCCAAAGAAAAUACUGGUGAAUAAACUCAUAAGUGAACUUUGUCCCAAGUUUUAAGAACGAUUGAGCUUAUGUUAAAGAGAUGUUGAAUCUGGAUUCAACACAAAAUUUAACCACCUUUCUUUUAAAGAAAAUUGUUAUGGACUAAACUCUGUUUCUGAUUUUAUGGGUUUCUUAAUACUUUCUGAACAUUUUGUUUUUCAAGUAAAAAAAAGUUCAAUCAGCUCAAGAAAAAAUAAAUUCAUAUUUUCCUGUAGAUAUCUACAUAUAAAUUUUCGAAAAGAUUUUUAUACUAGCAGCAUCUUUAUAAUUUUUCAUCAAUGAAAACAAUAGCACGAAUUUGCUGUAUAAAAAGACUUAAAAACUUGUCAACGGAUUUUUUCCCCCAUUGCAGUACAUUUCUAUUUUUAUAAGCAUUUCAUCAUUUUCAAAAUUUCAUUUUUAGUGACAACAAACGUAUGAUGAUAAAUUGAUUCAAAUUAAUUUAACCUCUUUGACUGGAAGGGCAGGUAUGAAAAAGAUGUAUGUACCUAACUUAAAUGUAUCAUAUUUUAGUGGUUGAAUGCUACAGAAAUAAAAUUUGGAUACUUUAAAAAUUAUUUUAAGCGUGAAAUCAAACCAACAUGGAUGUUUCUGCCUCUCCUUUGCAUUAUUUAGAAGCAAGAGGCAUUAGAUAUCGUCCUCAGUUAAAAGAUGAAUGGUAUCAAGAAUAUUUAUGUUAACAAAAUUUUUUAAAACUGAUUGUAAGAUCAUAGGUUUUGUUGUAAUUCCUUCAUCAGGAAAUUCAAAAUUUUUAAGAAUUUACUCCAGAUUUGCGCUUUUUCACAAUUAAUACAACCAAAAUUUGGAGGGUUUUUUUUUCUCUCUUUUCCAGUUUUUAAGAGGUCCGUGAUGUUUUAAUGUUAUUUUAUUUAGGAUGUUGAUAUAUGUGUAAAAAACACCGUCCAGAAAUGACAAGCAGAUUUAUUUCACUGUUUUUAGCAAUAUAUUCUCUAUAUCUACACCUAUUGAAAAUCCGUCCUGGCAGGAAAACUAUUUUAAAUCGUGUGUAAAAAUUUUAAAUAUUUUUUACAUUCUAAACAUAGUAUAAAGCUUCAACACUGUGAUAACAAGCUUUUUUACACACAUCGGUUCUUCACUAAUAUAUAAACUUUACAGUAGGUUUGCAUUCUAUCGAUUCGGUUGACGCAUAGCAGAAACUGAUAAUAUAUAUAUAUAUAUUGAAGGAUCAUUUCAUCAAAUGCUAUCCGCUACCAGAUGUCAAAAUAAAGCAAAUCCACUGUAUACUUCUAUUUAAUUAGGCACUGUGCAAAAGUUAUUAACGACUAUAUCUCUUCUGGAAGACAUUUAAAUAAAAUUUCAGUAUUUUGAAUAAUACAUUCCAUAUACAUAUAUUAUCAUUUUUUUUUUUACUUAAUUUAACAAAACAUUUGAUAGAUUUUUGAGUUCAGUUUCGGCUUUGAAUUGAUGUUGUUUAUCAAACUGAUUUGUAUAGUGACAAAUUGUGUAAAAAAAUUCAAGUGAUACAUUUGUGCAACAGCGAAAAAGCAUUCUCAUUGCACUCAUUGCAUUUGUGUAAAUAUUUAUAUAUAUUUUUCCGGUGUAUUAGUACUGUGAAGUUUAUCUUCAAUGAAAGCAUCUCCGUCCAUUUAAUCAUUGUUGGAACUUUUUUUGCAUAUUUGAUGCUUAUUUAACGAAUCUCUAUUCGCCCUUUGAAACAUUAAAUGUCAUUUCCUAUGCA